AUGUCGACACCCUCAGCUGCCCCCGAGUCCUCCUCAUACACAGCCAUGGACCGAGACGUCGAAGCGAUUGGCAAACACUGCGAGUUUGCCUACUGCCACCAACUAGACUUUCUCCCUUUUCGUUGCGAAUCCUGCCAUCACACUUUCUGUCUGGAUCAUCGUACUGAGACCGCGCACAAAUGUACUCACGCUGGCGAAUGGGCCAAGAACAGACGACGCAACAGCGUUGGGCGGGCUGCAGCUGCAUCGACUCCUGGUGCCGGCCGGCCGAACCAUUCCAAUGCAGCACAGUGCAGCAAUUCCACCUGCAAGACCUUCAUAAAUACACUGCAGAAUACCGGUGUCCACUGUCCACAUUGCAACCGGAGUUACUGCCUCAGGCACCGCAUGCGGGAGGAUCACGACUGCAAGAAUCUCAUCCCGCUGGGUGCACGGCCUCUCGAUAUUGCCGUGCAGAGCAACAAGGAAAAGAUCAAACUCGGGUUUGGACGCUUAAAGACAUGGAGCAAGAACCAGCAAGAGAUGCUCGUGCCCAAGCCCAAACCGUCGAGUCGGGCUGCACAACUCGCCGACCUGAACAAACUGAAAAAGAAUGCCAAAGGAGAUGACAAACUGGAUGCGGAGAAGAGAGUAUAUCUACAUGUUGAAGCCGAGGCAGCAAGUACGACCAGCAAACUCCCGAGGGCAGAUUUGUUCUUUUCACAGGACUGGAGUAUCGGGCGAUUAUUGGACGACGCGGCAAAGAGGUUGCAGGUCGCGAACGUGAACAAUCGCGUGGAAACAGAAGAACAGAGGCUUAGAGUCUACCAUGUCGAGGGCGGUAGACUACUGGAAUUUUCAGAGAAGGUUGGAAAAUCACUGAUCAACGGGAACACAGUGGUGCUGCUGCGAGGUGUAGGGCCUAAGGAGGCUCCGUCGUAA